ACCGUACACAGUAUACAUCGCAACGUCCCACAAUGUGGCAUCCUCUCGACAACAUUUCCGAAGAGCUAAUUGACACAAUCGCCAGCUUCUGUUGCCGACGCACACUACCAAACUUAUGCCGCGUGUCAAAGCAACUCAACCGCAUCGCUACUCCUCAUCUCUACGCUAAUGUCUCACUGCGCUCAGACAUAGGUGGUGACGGUGAUUUGAGACAUCUCCUUCCGCUUGCGCACAAGUUGUUUUUGUCCCCGGCUCUGGCUGCGCUCGUGAAGUCUUUCGCGCUUCCCGACGGUUGGGCAGGUUGCAACGAAGCCGAACGGCUUGCCGGCUUUGAGGUGAAGCCAUGGCCCGAUUUGGGAACGCCAGAAACCGAGCAGCUGUUGAGGCAGAUGUGUUACGACUACGUACAAGAUGGUGAAGGGCCUGAAAGGCUUUACAAGAAGAUGUAUGCAGCUGAUGCUGAAGUGGUAAUCACAGUUCUCGUCGCGAAUCUUCCAAACGUCCACAAAUUGGACUUGAACUUCGGGGAUUCGCGUGGUCAUGAGUUCUUUUGCUCAAUGGUCAAGUCAUCUGGUAGGCGGCUCCGGGCUAUGGAAGCGGCGUCACUUGGUCCGCCAGGACACACCUGGUCUCUAACCGCCCCAUUGACAAAACCCAUGGACGUGCUCAUCACAGAAUCUGAUGAUGGCGACAUCAAAUAUCUGGAAUCAUUCUUCCACCUGCCGUAUCUUCGCUCUUUGUACGCAUUCAAAUUUGGAGAUGGUGUAUACAGCGGGAUGGCGGAAAGUCCAUUUGCCCUGUUGAGGCCACGCUCUUGUAGCGUGCAGUACAUUGAACUCCGAGGCUCCACGCUCGCAGAAGAUACCUUACAGUAUCUGAUGAAAGCAACCAUACCGGAGAAGCUCAAGACUUUCCUGUACGAGAUGGGCGGCCCUUUGACGUUGCGCUCUGCACAUCUCCCCCAUCUCAUGCAAUGCUUGGAAGACCAUCAAGAUCAUCUGGAGACUCUAGCACUUAGCUACGAAGAACUUGGGGGCCAAACAACAUUUGAAAGGGCGGGGUGGGAUGCUGAUGCUGAUAUGCAACCCGUUGUAUCGUUCACUUUAUUCAGGUCCCUUCGCCGCCUAAGGAUAGCCCCUGAAAUGAUCUGGGGCCAUACGCACAACGAUAUCAACUCUCGAGACGUUGUAGAAGCAUUGAAAACCCGGGAUAUGUUUUGGAAGGCUCUUCCAGAAUCUCUAGAGGAGUUUUGGCUCACACGAUCGAAACGCCAGUGGGUGCCUGGCCUUCCAGACGAUGGUAUCGACUUCGUCCCUCACAUCUUAAUACCUGCACUGUACCGUCUUGUGGAGCAAAGCAGCGAGCAAUGCCCUCAUCUCCGGUCCAUCCGAAUCGAACUGUUGCCUUAUGAUUGGGAGACUGAGUGGCUGGAUCUACUGGCUGAGUUUUGCCAAGCUGCCGAUGCGCGAGGAAUUCACUGCACAAUUCUCUUCCUUCACAAAUAUCAUAAGCUUGGACCGUUCUACAAGUUCACGCAGACUUAUCAAGUCGAGCGCGGAUGGGGCUGGAACGAGGACGUCGAUUGGAGUGAGAUUCCUUGUAACGCCAACAAAAUCUGGCGGAAACAUGUCAUUCAUACAGCGAACGAGCACGACCUAAAGGGUAAGAUUCGGGCCCUUAAAGCAGAUGUGUUCACGUACACAGACCCAAUUCGUCGUCAUCUCGCUAAGUCGACCCAAACACCCAGAGGUGAUAAGCUCACUAAAGGGUUAAGUUAGUCCGGACGCAUCAACCCAUUCCAACCGGGACUAGGAACCGGUUCAUUAUGAAGAUGAUGGUCGAGCCACGCGAAGCAGACAGUCUACGUCAACGGCGGGUUCAAGGU